AUGGCAGCUGUAACCCGAUACUCCGGGAAAGUGGUGGUGGUGACUGGGGGUGGUCGCGGCAUUGGAGCUGGGAUCCAGCUGGAUGAAGAAGGGGAAUUUGUCUCAAGACUGCCCUUUGAGAGGCCUGUCAUGAGACAGGCCAUGAGCCAGGUGCUCUGUGUGGCCACAAGAGGGCAGCAGAGGCAGCGGCCCACGUCUGUAGAGCCUAUUACCAUUUCUUCCUCUCUGUUGGCAGUGGACAGUGGGGCUGAAGUGGUUUUCUGUGACAAGGAUGAGGCCAGGGGCCGGGCUCUAGAGCAGGAACUCGUGGGCACUGUCUUUGUCCCCUGUGACGUGACUCAGGAAGGAGAUCUGCAGACUCUGGUUUCUGAGACCCUCUCUCGAUUUGGCCGCUUGGAUUGUGUGGUGAAUAAUGCCGGCUACCACCCACCCGCGCAGUGGCCUGAGGAGACUUCUGCCCAGGACUUUCGCCAACUGCUGGAACUGAACCUACUGGGGACAUACACCUUGACCAAGCUUGCCCUCCCCCACCUGCGGAAAUGCAGAGGCAACAUCAUCAACAUCUCCAGCCUGGUUGGGACUGUCGGCCAGUCUCAGGCAGUUACCUAUGUGGCCACCAAGGGGGCAGUGACAGCCAUGACAAAAGCUCUGGCCUUGGAUGAGAGUCGAUAUGGUGUCCGCGUCAACUGCAUCUCCCCAGGAAACAUCUGGACUCCACUGUGGGAAGAGCUGGCAAUGUCAACUCCAGACCCCAGUGCCACCAUCCUAGAAGGUACCUUGGCCCAGCCCCUGGGCCGCAUGGGCCAGGCAGCCGAGGUGGGGGCUGCAGCCGUGUUCCUGGCCUCUGAAGCCACCUUCUGUACAGGCCUUGAGCUUCUUGUGACAGGGGGUGCAGAACUGGGGUAUGGAUGCAAGUCUAGUAGGAACAGCCUCACCCAAGCCCCCAUCCUUCCACCAUAAUGUCCAGUGGGUUAUGUCUCACCCGUCCCUCUUUCCUCCUUCCUUUGUGGUACUGCAGAUUAAACCCGGGACCUCUUUUGUGCUAGGCAGGGGCUCUACCACUGAUCCACACCCCAGCCCCUCACUGGGGGAUUCUAGGCAGGGGCUCUACCACU